AUGUGGCCACCACGCAUCCAAUUGAUAUCUCUCAACCAUUUUGACGACGUCAAGAUUGCUGCCCUGAAUGCUGCACUCAAAGGCGACACUCGUUAUCGAUUUGCGUUUACACAAGGUGGUUAUCACAGCUACUAUGGGCAUCGCCCCAAGAGAGGAGGCUGGAGUGCAGCAGAUGAUCGGACGACCAUGUUAGACAAGCAAACAGGAUUUUGGGUCCCAAUCCCAGCAGAUCACAUGGCCCCUCACACACCAGAAGAUCUCAUUAAGGCAGAGAACGACGUAUGCAUUCUGGAUCGUCGUUGCAUCGCCUACGUCCACCCAGAGGUUCGCAAAGCCUUCCAGGCACUCAAUGCCUCUCGUGAGCCCAACAAUGCGGAGAUCCACCCCUUCCACCAUUAUGACAUUUCAGAGGGGGAAGAGGCGGCCUACAAGUUCCAGAAGCCCUGGGAGGAGGGCCACAUUCGCUACCAAGGCUCCUUACCUCAAGAAGGUGCCCAGAACGCUGCAGAUAGGCAUACAGAAGUAUGGGAUAACGAAACACAGACGUACCACAUGCUCCCUGCAGGUUACAUGGCCCCACACAACCCCCAGGACUAUGUUGACACCAUCAACUAUGAAAUCGCUAGAGCUGAGAAGCAUCGUCGAGCUGCGAUCAGUUGUGCAGGCCACGAACUUCGUCCAAAUACACUAGUGGCUAGCACUUUUAUCAUAAAAACAAGGUAA